AUGGCAGCUGCUCUGAAGCGCAAGCGCGGCGGCGCUGCCCCGGAACUGGAGAUCCCCAGUAAGCGGAGGCAAGUAACGCCCGACGAGGAUGAAGUAAUGUCUGGACUGGAGGACGCGGAGAAAAGCGAGGCUGAGGAGGAGGGCAGUGAUGAAGGAGACAAUGAUGGGGAUGACUUUGCCGGGUUUGGAGAGGCCGGUGCUGGGUCUCCGCCGCGCGGAGGAAAGCCGAAGAAAGCGCCCACUGGCUCAGAAGUUCGCGCGAUCAAGGAUGCGGCAGAACUAUUCCGCUCGUCAUCGUUCAAAUUACAGAUUGAUGCCCUGCUACCGAACGUGCGCUUGAAAGCCUCGCGUAGAGCGGCCAUCGACCGCUUUCUUCUCACCCUGCAUUCUGCUCUGACAUCCGCGCCGUCUCUCGAGCCAGACGCUCCCCUCGCCGCCGCCAAAAAGCUCUCAAAGAAGAAACAUGUUGCCACGCCUUGGACCUUUCCUCCACCACCCAGCGACGCGAACUGGAAGGUCUCUUUCGACGCGCCAAGCGAGGUGACCCUCGUGGGCUCGUAUGCCCUGCAGACGUCUGUCAAACCGCCAGACGGUUUACCAUGGACUCUGGACUUGGCUCUCACGAUGUCAUCAGGCCUAUUCCAGGAGAAAGACUACUUGAACGGUAGAUUCGCGCACAAACGAGCUUUCUUCCUCGCCGCCCUUGCUGCACAUUUAGUCGGCAAAGGCUACGACGUUCAGUGGUCGGCUCCCAGUGCGGAUGCUCGCGCUACUGCCCUGCUAUUGAAUCCGAAGAUUCCCAAGGUCGACGUGCGCAUACGGCUGUUUGCCAUACUACCAAACGACUCCCCUAUCGCCCUUGCCAAACUUGCACCCCAUCGCGCAAAUCUACGCAUUACUGGACAUGAGAACACUCCGACGCCAUUGUACAAUACCUCGGUCAUGCAGGCGACCACUCCACGUGCACAUCUAUUGGCGGCGCACACUCUGAAGGAAGAUGCUCCAGCAUACGCCGACGCCCUCGCGCUACUGCGCGUAUGGGCCGCACAGCGCGCAUACGGCGCCGGCGCUUCGUCCGUUGCCGGGUUCGAAUCCCGCGGCCACUUCUGGCCCACUCUACUUGAGGCUCUCGUCCGCGGCGAGGAGCCCUUCUCCGGUUCCGCAAAGUCAAGCGCAAAUCGGAAGCCGUUAGGGAAGGGGCUGAGCAGCUACCAACUCUUCCGCGCUGCCCUCGCGUUCUUGGCGGAACACGACUGGGACGCUGCUCCCGUGUUCGUCAAGGCUCCUGAAGGACACCGCUACCCGCCUCAUGAGUAUGUGGAGCACCAUGGCCCUGCACUCGUGGACAGUUCUUCACGCAUUAACGUGCUUGCUGGCGUACCUCGCUCGUCUCUGACUCUCCUCAAACAUGAUGCUCAAACUACUCUGGCUGUUCUCAACGCCUCCGCCGAGCCGCAAGGCACAGACUUUUUCGCGCAGACUUUCCUCCUCGACGCAAGGCCACUCCCAGCACGCUUCGACGCAGUCCUCCACAUUUCACUCGCGCACGCAAAACCCAUCAACCUCUCGCCGCUCGCAAUCGCAGAGCACGGCUCUCUCCCCGCCGCUCUUAUCCACUCCAUCUCCUCAACUCUCACGGCUGCCCUGGGAUCCCGCAUCAAAGCGCUCGGGCUGUUGCAUGCACCCGCCGCACCAAGAUCGCUCGAUCAACCGGACGUUUCUGCGCCGCCAGAACUGGUCGUCGGCCUGCUAUUCGAUCCAGCACAUGCAGGUCGCCUAGUGGAUCUUGGUCCGGCUGCGACGCAAGACGGUGAAGAGUCGACCGAGUCCCAGAAGGAGUUCACAGCGCUCUGGGGCGAGCGCGCGGAAGUGCGCCGAUUCAAAGAUGGAUCUAUCGCGCAUGCUGCCGUUUGGGAUUCGGUAGCGAACAGCGCCGACGCGCGCGCCCGACUACCCGCUACAAUCGCAACAUUCAUCCUGAACAGGCACUUCUCCAUUCCUGCGGAAGAUGUCGUGUGUAUGGGCGCUAGUUUCGAUCAGGUCUUGAGGUUGCCGAAGGAGAUCGUUGCGCUGGGUGGAAGGCAAGCCGGUUUCGCGCCCGCACGCGCGGCAUUCGACGCGUUCGCGAAGGUGCUGCGAGCAUUACCCGAGGAAGACAUGCCGUUGUCUAUUACGGCCGUCUCCCCCACCUCAGCAUAUCUUCGCAGCACCGCUCCGAUGGCACCCUUAGCGGCCGUACAAGGCGCACCAAGUGCAGCGAGCUACGUACCAACGAUGGACAUCGUACUCGAGCUGGCGAGGGCGGGGCGCUGGCCGGAUGACGUAGCUGUCGCGGGAAAGAUGAAGCUCGCCGUGCUCGAGCGCUUAGCGCGCGCGCUUAUGGGUUCGGGCGCAAUGCCGGGCGUCAAAGCUCGCGUGGCGGUGCCGCCGCCCGGCGCUUCUCCGUUGGAAGACCAUGCCCGACUCGAGGUCGUCACCAAAGAUGGUUGGGCGUUCAGCCUCGCGAUUGACCAUCCGCGCGUCGCAACGCUUCUCCAACGUACUAUUGCUUCUUACACGCCUCUGACCAAGACUCUCGCCGCGCAAAUCCCGAAGGAGAUGCAGGCGCAGAUGAAGCAGGGCGAGAGGGACGCGGAGAAUGCUAAGAGCGCUUUGGAGCACUAUGAGAGGACGUUCGUGGCGCGGCCGAGGUUACAUCGCGCGUUGGCUGCGCUUGGGCAUAAGGAGAGCGCAUUCGGUGGCGCUUGUAGGCUCGUGAAGAGGUGGCUGGCGGCGCAUUGGUUGCUCGACAUCGGUAGCGAUGCCGGCGAAGGUGGGAUGAUUACCGAGGAAGCCGUCGAGCUCCUGGUAGCGCGUGCGUUUCUUGUAGGCGAUGUACCCGCAAGCAGAGAACGCGGCUUUGCUCGCGUUGUGCGCUGGCUAGCAGGCUGGGACUGGGCAGCUGGUGUGCGCGUACCGCUCUUCGACGAGCCCGAUCCCUUGCAUACGGCAGACGAAGCAAAGGCUCCGGUAGAGGUCGAGGUUAAGGGUGGCGUGUGGCGCAUCAUGACCGGCGUAGAUGAGAAGGGGACGAUGUGGACUGCGCGCGGACCAGACGCGUUGGUGGCGAGACGCGUGAGGGAGAUUGCGAGGGCUACUUGGGAUGCGAUGAAGGAGGGUAGCGUGGAUGUUCAGGCCUUGUUCGUGCAUCCCACAGACGACUACGAUUUCGUUCUGCAGCUCGAUCCCAAUGCGCUCCCUCGCCACUUCGAGGCUGUCAACCCUGACGCUACCGCCUGGGGUAAGCGUGGGAAAUACGCGAACACCGCGAUCGAGCUCGCAAAUAGUGGAACUGAACUGCGACCCGGAUGGAAUCCCGCUCGGGCGUUCGUGACGGACCUCCGAAACGUGUAUGCGGACACCCUUCGACUCUUCUACGAUCCAUUAGGCGGCACUCGCGUCGGUGGAGUGUGGGAACCUUCUCUUCGGGAGCCCCGGCCAUGGCGUGUCCUGGGCCGAUUCUCAUCAAUCCCUGUUCAGGAUGAGCAGGUCGACGCCAACACUCAAAAGGCGAAGAAAGGGAAGGACAAGGAUACCGCGCUCGUAGUCCUAAACGAGGCUGCCGUCGUUGAUGAGAUUGUCCGGAUGGGGCGCGGCCUCGUUCGCACAUAG